AUGGUGGAGAAUGCCUCUGUGGCGGCGCUCGACUCUUUCCGCCGCCGUUGGCAGGCCGAGCUGGCCCGGGAGGCUCCGAGGCGGCGGAGGAAGAGCGGCGGAGGCCGGAAGAGGCCGCGAGAAGCGGAGGGCGAGGAGCCGCAGGCGGUGCGAGGCUGGGGCGGCUACGGGGGUCUCAUUGGGGGGCUGCUGGAGGAAGAGCCGCCGCUUCAGCGCCUCCUCCGCAUCUCUCCCGCGCCGGGCCCUGCGGUUGACCCAGACCCCGACCCCGCUGCCCAGACCCCCGGAGGAGGGAAGGAGGACCUCCUGGGGCAGCUCAUCCAAGACUUGAAUGAAAUCAACGAAGUCCCCUUUUUUGAUGUGCAGUUGCCUUACGAAUUGGCAUUAAAAAUAUUUCAGUCCCUUGGACGGCUGGAGCUGGGAAGGUGCGCUCAGGUGAGCCGAACGUGGAAGAUCCUGGCUGAAGACCAGGUCCUGUGGUUCCGGAUUUGUCAACAGGAAGGUUAUCUGUCUGACAGUCAAGUCUCAGACUUCCCCUGUUGGAAACAGACCCUCCGAGAAUGUCGGGAAAAGGAGAAGACUUUGCGAACCAACUGGAAAAACCGUGUCGGGGCUAUGAGCCAGUUGCAGCACGAAGUCGGGAACAUUCUGUGUGAUGUGCACUCAUGCAACGGAGUAGUCAUUGCCGGAUACACGUCGGGCGAUGUGAAGCUGUGGGACACGCGCACCUGGGACUACGCGGCCCCCGUCCUGGAACCGGAACACGGCUCUGGGGAGCCUGGCCCCCGGCCACAUGCCUCUUUUGUGAGAAUAAACAGUUCCCUGGCUGUGUCGGCGUACGAGGACGGGUCAGUAAAAGUGUGGAGCCUGCUGGUGGGUUCCGAGCCAAUCCACAGGUAUCAACACAACCAGAAGAUCCAAGCCUUGGCCCUUCCGACUGAGGGGGCCACCGUAGCCACGGUCUCCGGGUUCCAGGUCAAAGUGGAAAGCGCCAACGACAAAGGCUACUGGGGAACCGUGGCAGAGUUUGAGAUUCCGAAGUGGGUCAGCCUACUCUCUCUUGUGCCCCAUACGUCGGCCUGCCCAGGUGCUGUAGUAGCAGCGGAGGACACAAUCUACUACUUGAAGGAAGGAGAGCCAGCUAAAGUCCUGCAUUCCGUCUACGGCCAGCCUGUCACGUGCCUGGACGUCUCCGCCAACGAGGUGGCCUUCGGCGUCAGAGGCUUCGGCUGGUUGAUUAACGAGACCAACAAGAUCCUCCUCUACAACCUGGAAACGGGGCAGUGUGUAACACAACUUACUGGUCCUUUGGGUGACUUCACGUGCCUCAACCUCCAGGAGAGUCCUCCCCACAUGUUGGUAGCUGGAAAUAAAGCCAGAAGGGUGAUGGUGUACGACCUCCGCAGAAGCGAUCCUGUCUCCUCGCUUUACGGACACCAGUUGGGGGUCUCGGCGGUGCAGAUGGACGACUGGAAGGUGGUCAGCGGAGGAGAGGAAGGGCUGGUCUGCGUGUGGGACCAGCGAAUGAGCACCAAGCUGUGGGAGGUGCACGCCAGGCACCCAGUUCGCCACCUCCGCUUCAACUCCCACAGCCUCAUCACGGCCAACAUCCCCAAUGAAAAGAUUCCCCGAGGGGCCAGCAUCACGGACGACGACUUGACCGCUCACCGAAGGCACAGAGGCAUUAUCUACGCCUACGAAUUCUCCACAGACAAGCUGGUGGCAGAGAGCGUCCUUCCUAUCUGCCGCUCCUCUUACAACGAAGUGGCCGGCUACAGCUACAACAUUGGCCUUGUGGUCCCCUAUGACAACAUCUAGGCAGGGUGAGAAGAAGGGAAGUCCAGCUGAGCUGGACCCUGGAGAAGGAGAAGCCCAAGGAUGGCGUUCCUGCAGACCUCUUUGGAGGGCUCGGAAGCCACGGGUUGGCCAAGUAGGCAGCAGAAGAAGGGGGGCACAUGGGGGUCCCACAGCUUUAAUAACAGUGCUGUGGGAACGUAGAAGAGAUGGUGGCUAACAGGAACCAUGAUAGAUAGGCAAGAAUCAGGAGAAGAUAAUAAAGGCUUC